UGUCUAGUAACUCAACAAUAUUAAAUUUAGUUGCCCAAGUUAAAAUGAACGACCAACACGUUAAUAUUUUAUUUGUCAGCGAAGUUGAAAAACAUCCAAUUUUAUACAAUUCCAAUCUGCCCGGCUACUCCAAUAGAAUUGAAAAUGAAAGGGCAUGGAAUGAAGUCGGAAAGCAUAUGUAUAUGACAGCUCCUGAAUGUCGUGAAAGAUGGAAGAAUCUACGUGCCGUUUAUGUGCGAAACAUGAAGCAGUCUAAAAAUGGUUCCGGAUUAAAGGCUAGCCGAAAAACCUACUACUUAACGGAUGCCAUGAAAUUUACUCUACCAUAUAUCAAAGUUUUAAAUAAACUUAAUUCAGAGAAUCAAACAAAUCCAAUUGGAAGAGGAAAUAACGAAGAGCAAGAGGAUCUAGAAGAUGAUCAAAUGGAUGACAAUGAAAGUGUAUCAUUGUCAUCAGACAAUUUUCCAUCAAAACAUCAGCAAAUUACAUCCUCACUACCACAACAAUUACAAAAACAACAACCGCCUUCAUCACCAACUCCACACUCGGCUCCUUCUUUUCAAGAGACAAUCUCGACAGAUCCAACUUUUCAAUAUCUAGAAAAGAUGAGGUUAAUGGCUCAGAAGAAGAUGAAGUUAGAUCAUGUCAUCAAUAAUAAUAAUCGAAAUCCAAAAACAGAAGCAUUGAAAAUGUUUCUUCUAAGUAUGGUGCCGGAUCUUCAGAAAAUGACAGACGAAGAAGUGCGACAAUUUAAACGAAAAUCUUUGGAAACUAUUGAUGAUAUUUUUAUGGCACGUAAUUUUGCAUUAUCAUCAGAAUCUGUUGGUCUUAAUAAAGAUGUUAAAUCUGAAUAUCUCGAAUCAAUUACAUCUCCAUACAAUGGGAUUUUAUAGAUUAAAAUAAUGUUUAAAAAAUGUAUAGGUACCUAAGUAUUUUUAAAUUCUUCAAUUGUAAUUAUUUAGUGUUA